CUCAGCUUACAUUCUUUACGGAUCGACAGGUUCAGUUUUACCUUUUACUCUCUUGCCUUCGAAUCACUUAUAUAUACUAUAUAACGCCUAAGGGCUUCACCGCCGGGGACCCAUAUCACAUAACUCGUAUUCCACAUCUUUUUUUCCUUUUUUUUUUCCUUUUUUUUUAAGAAAAAAGGCUACCAUCAUGUCUGUAGAACAGUCAUACCCUUCGAGUGGGAUGGACGAUGGUCGUAUGUCAGUGGCUUCCAGGAUAUCUAAGGAAGCACGAGAGCAGUCGAGAAAUAGCUUCGCUUCAUAUUCGACCUGCGAGGAAGACCUGGCCGACGUGUUCACCGAUAUGGACGAUGCAUGCAUUAUCGAAGAGGCUACAGUUUUGGAUGCUCGGGAGGUUACCAUUGCGCCCCCUAAAUUGCCGGAGAAGAGUAUACUUAGGACGACGAGACUUCUGAACACCCUGCAGCGUAUUUCGACCGAACCCAUCGCCGACCCGCACGAUGCCUACCUUUCCUCCGAAGAGGAUGCCUCUUCGUCCGCAGACGACUUCUCUGACUACGAGUACGAAUCUAACAGUGACCGAUCUGAGAAGUUCCCAAGGCGACGCAAGAGUCAGGAGGACACCGCGAGGGCCGUGUCGGUGAUAUAUGUCGGAAAGCCUUUGGUGGUGGACCUAACGUGCUGUCGAAGAUCGGUGUCACCUAUGCGGAGACCUCGAACGAGAUCCUCCUCUCCUUCUAUCCGCACAACCUCGUUUGAAAGUCCACCUAGUCACCCGUUACGGAAAACCAGCUUCACAUCCUCCAUGGAGAUGCCUAGGGAGAACCCCUCGUUCCUCAGCCAGGACCCCUUCGCCAAUAGCAACUACAAGCUUGAACCGGCGUUGAAGGACCCAGUUUCAACUGACUCUAGCCCUCGAGCCAAGACCCCAUUCCAUCGUCUACAAAGGUCGAUGAACUUAGUUAGGAAGCGCAGCCGUCCCAACCUUAAAGAGGCCGCCUCCAGAGACAGUAUCCUCAGCUUGAGAUCUAUAUCAAGCUCAACUACGGAUCUUCAACUUGCAUUAAAUACGUUACGCACAGCCGGCGAGGACCAGCAUGCCAGCAAACCGGAACCGUUGUCUGCUCGUACCACGUGGCAUCAGACCCCCGUGACCUACAACGAUAUCAUGAUGUCGGCGCGGAGGGAAUCACAACCACGAUUACUCACUAAGCUACCUCCGUCGUCGCUGCCUCCGAGCCCGAGCCCUACUUUCAAGAGAGGCAUAUUAAGCGGUCUCCAUAUGAAUCGGCGGCGGAGCUUACGGCUCAGCAAGCCGUGAACAACUCACACUCUUUUAUCAUUAUAUAUUUUUCUUAUUAAUUUCAUUACUAUCGGAGGCAUACUAGUGGGAGGCGUUCUAGGAACAAUAUAAGAUGGAGUUAGGUUUUGGGAAGCGCAUUAUCACCACAACUUUCCAGGUGCAUUAAGUUUGACAUUAGGGGUUAA